AUGGAAGAGCUCCGCUUGGACGACCAAGAGUCCUUUUAUAGCUACUUGAGAAUCACCCCGCCAAUGUUUGACGAGCUUUCGGAACGCGUCACCCCACUAAUAGCGAAAAGAGACACCAAAUACAGAAAGGCUUUGUGUGGAAUGAAGCUCGCUAUCACUCUCCGUCAUCUUGCAACAGGAGAUGGCUAUGCAACCCUUCACUACGAUUUCCGGGUAGCCAGAACCACAAUAGGCCUAGUAGUGAGAGAAGUAUGCAAUGCACUGGUGAUGGAGCUGAAACAUGACGUGAUUGAUUGUCCUGUUGAUAGUGACGCUUGGGAACGCGUUGCCAAGGAGUUCAAGACGCGAUGGAAUGUUCCACAUGCACGUUGA